CAAAAGUCGGCCCCUCUCCUGAUUGGUUACUCGAGCCGCUUCCGUGUUGUCCUUCAGCGGCGGUCCGUCCUCUCACACAUCUGCAGAGACAGAGUCUCCGUCAGGCUGCGUGAGACCGAGCGCCGGGACAGGAGAGCGAUGAGGUAGACCCGGACUUUCCGACGCUUUUUCUACGAAAACGAAACAACUGGUGUGUGUGUGUGGAGCGGCUGCACGGGACUGUGGCUGUUUUAUGAGAGUGUGGAGGUAUUUUGCCGUGUUUUUAAAAAAAAGAAAAAAGACUGUGGACUGGAGGAAAAGUUUAACUCCGCGGGGGAAAGGUGAGACUGGUGCGGCUUUAACUUUCCAAGCUGUCCGGGUUGCUUACGCCGAUAUAAGGUGAUUUUUUUAUUAUUAUUAUUUUUUAUUUUUUUUAUUUCAUUGGUGCAGUCGUGUUGUUCCGCCGUCCUGCACUGAACUCUAUCCAGCAGCAUGUCUGACAAGUGUCGCACGGUGUAACCAGUUCAUCCAGCUCGGUGGAGUUUCGACCGUUUUCAGGUGAACCGCUGACGACGCUCCCCUUAAAAAAAAAAAGAAAGAAAGAAAGAAAGAAAUUCACAAUAAUGGCUGGUUUGAGCAACGUCCACAUGAAAACCCUGGAGGACCUGACGCUGGACUCUGGCUACGGGGCGGGGGACUCCUGCAAAUCCCUCAGCCUGUCCUCAUCCAAGUCAAACUCCCAGGCCUUCAUGACUGCCCCUCACCGGGGUAACUGGUGGUACUACUCCGGCUCCAUGAACAGCAGGAACAACAGCUGGGACACGGUCAACACUGUCCUCCCCGAAGAUCCAGAGGACAUCUUCUCCAAGUGCCCCCGCUUACCUGACCUGGAAGAGUUCCCCUGGACCGAAGAGGAGGUGGCAAAGAUACUGCGCAAAGUGGCCGAGAGUGGGAGCAUCAAAGGGGGGCUCGCACCUGUGUUCUCACCUGAGGCCGUGAGGCGGUUGUCCGCCCUCCUCCGCAGGGCUCUGAUCCGGAUCUCCAGAGAGGCUCAGCGGCUCAGCGUCAUGCACUGCCGCUGCACACGCUUCGAGGUGCAAAGCGCCAUGAGACUGGUGCUCAGCUGGGCCCUGGCUGACCACUGCGUGUCUGCGACGGUCAAAGCUAUCUCCAUGUAUAGCAUGAGCGCCGGGGAGCUGCUCAGGAAGGGCAAGUCGUCCCGGUGCGGCCUCUCCUUCUCUGUGGGGCGCUUCUUCCGCUGGAUGGUGGACACCCGCAUCUCCGUGCGCAUCCACGAAUAUGCGGCCAUAUGCUUGACCGCAUGCAUGGAAGCUCUGGUGGAGGAGAUUGGAGCCCGGGUGCUGAUGGCCGAGAGGGGUCAAUCAGGGCCAGAUUCAGGGUCAACAUACGCCCCCGUGAGUGCAGAGACCCUGGAGGGGGUGGUGAAUAAUGACGCGGAGCUGUGGGGAGUCCUGCAGCACUAUGAGCACCUGAUCUGCGGGAAGAACGCCAAUGGUGUUUUGUCUCUCCCAGCCCAUUUCAGUCCCUACACAGAGAACCAGCAGACGUCUGUGGACAGCAGGGAGGAUGCCUAUGCCCAGCUGGAACUGAGGACCCUGGAACAGUCCCUGCUGGCUACAUGUGUGGGCAGCAUCUCCGAACUUAGUGACUUGGUGUCCCGUGCUAUGCACCACAUGCAGCGCCUGAGCUCCGUGCGCCCAGGAUUGAGCCCAGCUCGCCACGCCCGUCCCCAGCAGCCGGUGUCCUGGUCACCGGACGCCCUCCACACCCUUUACUACUUCCUGCGUUGCCCACAAAUGGAGUCCAUGGAGAAUCCCAACUUAGAUCCUCCACGCAUGGCACUUAGCAAAGAGAGGCCAUUCCUGUUGCUGCCACCUCUGAUGGAGUGGAUGAGAGUGGCCAUAGUUCAUGCUGAACAUCGCAAGAGUCUAUUGGUGGACAGUGAUGAUGUCAGACAGACUGCUAGGUUACUCCUUCCAGGACUGGACUGUGAACCGAGACAGCUGAAGCCUGAAUGUUGCUUUAGCUCCUUCAAGCGUCUUGACUCUAAAGCUGCCACAGACAAGUUCCAUCUAGACUUGGGUUUUCGGAUGCUCAACUGCGGACGCACAGACCUCAUUGGCCAAGCCAUUGAUUUGCUCGGGCCAGAUGGAGUCAACAGCAUGGAUGACCAGGGCAUGACACCUCUGAUGUAUGCCUGCGCAGCUGGAGAUGAGGCCUUAGUCCAGAUGCUGAUCGACGCUGGGGCCAACCUUGACGUGGCGGUUCCACCAUGCUCCCCAAAACACCCCUCUGUGCAUCCUGAUAGUCGCCAAUGGGCAGCCCUCACCUUCGCUGUGCUGCACGGACACAUCUCCGUAGUGCAGCUCCUGUUGGAUGCUGGGGCCAACGUUGAGGGGGCCGCAGUCCGCAACGGACAGGAGAGUACAGCAGACACUCCAUUGCAGCUGGCUUCAGCGGCAGGCAACUAUGAGAUGGUGAGUUUGCUCCUUGCACGAGGCGCGGACCCCUUAUCAAAGACCCACGAUGGAAACGCCCUGACGUCAUCCCUCUAUGAAGACAUGAACUGCUUCAGUCAUGCUGCCGCACAUGGACACAGGAACGUGCUGAGAAAGCUACUGACUCAGCCUCAGCAAGUCAAAGAGGAUGUCCUGUCUCUAGAGGAGAUCUUAGCUGAAGGGGUGGAGGGUGAGGAGGCCGGUAUCUGCCCUUUCCUCCCUCUGUCCCCCCUCCCUACUCCUUCCUCUGGGCCUGGGGCCCUGCCAGAGGUGGGCAUAGCAAGGCUCUGCAAGGCCAGGAUGAAGGCUCUGCAAGAGGCCAGCUACUACAGCGCUGAGCAUGGCUACCUGGAUGUCACCAUGGAGCUACGAGCUAUGGGCGUACCAUGGAAGCUACAUGUGUGGCUGGAGUCUCUGCGCUGUGCCCAGCAGCAGUCCCGGACCGGGGUCACUCUCUCACUCCUCAGAGAGUUCACCACCAUCAGAGAGGAGGACUACUGCCAGGAGUUGGUCACCAUAGGCCUGCCCCUGAUGUUUAAUAUCUUACGUACCACCAAGAAUGAUGCCAUCAUACAGCAAUUGGCGACUAUAUUUAGUCACUGUUUUGGCCCAGCUCCUCUUCCAGCUGUCCGUCAGAUAAAGGCAACUCUUUCAGCACAGUUGGAUCCUCAUUUCUUGAAUAACAAGGAGAUGUCAGAUGUGACAUUUUUGGUGGAGGGGAAACCUUUCUACGGCCACAGAGUCUUGCUGAUCACAGCUUCGGAAAGAUUCAAGUCUCUGCUGGCAUCUUCUGGACCAGAUGGAAGCCCCAACAAGGAGAUUGAAAUCAGUGACAUCAAGUACAACAUUUUCCAGAUAAUGAUGUCGUACCUCUACUGUGGAGGAACAGAGUCACUGAAAACAAAUGUUCCUGACUUGCUGGAGUUGCUGUCGGCUGCUAGUCUGUUCCAGCUGGAGGUGCUACAAAGACACUGUGAACUCAUCUGCUCUCAGCACAUCAGCCUGGAUAAUGCAGUCAGCAUCUACAAGACAGCCAAGGCCCAUGGCUCAGUGGAGCUGAGCUCAUUCUGUGAAGGUUACUUCUUGCAGCAGAUGCCUGCUUUACUGGAGAGAGAGGGCUUCAGGAGCCUGCUUUUAGGACCCCCUGGGUCCCGACAGGGAAACGGCUCCACUUCUGCGCUGGUUCACCACCGAGACUCACCUGUGGAGGAGCUGGAGGCAACCCUGGCUCAGCGACUACGCUCUCUCCACAUGACCUCCAGAGUCUGAGGACAACAGGACAGCUGCUGAGGAGAAAAGACAGAAAUAAGGGGAAGAAUGUUGAAGCGGAAGUUUUAUUUUAUCACUGAUAAAGGAUCAGAUCUCAAGAGGCUGUCUAUAUAGUUUGAGUACAGAUGUUUUCUGAUCAUAUCUCUGGUAACAAGCAACUUCCACAGUGCUUUGACACUGGGACACAAAUCAGUGAGUUAUUUGGCAGCAGUUCGACUUUGCUCUGUGGACAAUCCAGUGUUUCAUAUUUAGUGCCAAGCACUCCAUCUCGACUUUUAUUGCAGUGUACAGCAUGUUUAUGAAGAAGAUGCUUUUUCCUCUGAGGCUCGGGAAGCUUUAAUGGAGAAGCAACAGAUGGAUGCAACAGGUGGGAACUCUGAAUUAUGAAACACUGCUGCCCUCCAGUGGAUAAAACUGGCAAAACAACUAAUCACCUUGGAGGAUUGGGAUCAUGGCACCCUCCUAGUUCUUACUGAAGCUAUGUAAAGUGAUAACAGACUGAAGCAUCUAUUAAAGAAUCAAGGGAGGCAGCCAUGCUGGACUUUUGGCUUUGUCAAACUAAUAACAGAGUGGGAAGAAGAAAGUAGACUCAGUGCCUGCAGCAUUGAUGUAAGCUUUGGAUUAACAAAUGUACUUUUUAUGUAACUGUAUGUUUUUUUGUUUUUUUUUUCUAUUUUAGUAUGACCGCAGAAACAAAACACUUAAAGAGUGGGAUGGACAUUUUCUAUUUAAUGAGAAAAAAAGAUGUGAGAGUAUUUAUCGGGGUGUUCCCUUUUUAUUGUUUUUUCUUUUUUUUAUCCAAGCAAAUUAUUAAUAUUAUUGUUGAAAAGUUGCUUUUGUGUAGCUGUUGUUUUUUCCAGGUACACUCUUAACAGUUAAUUAAGCUUAUGUAUGCUGAGGUUUAAUUGCUUCUACAAAGGUACAACAGCAGAAUCCAACAUGGGAUUCGGAAUACAUAAAGUCUGUUUUAAUGCUGAAUAUUGUAAUAAACCUGGUAAAUAAGC